AUGGAAGAGGUAGAAGAUGACAAGACUGCCAUCCAAUGUGAAGCCUCGAGCCCUGCCUCGCCGCAGUCCCUUUGGCUGGACCGGCUGCACACGGGGGUGCUGCGCGCAGCCAGCCCAGAGGACGUCAGGGACACCUGCAAGACGGCCCCGGGGGCAACCCCAGCAGCAGCACCAUCAGCCAGGACUCGCUGCACAAAGCCCCGAAGAAGGGCAUCAAGUCGUGCAUCGGCCGCUUGUUUGGAAAGAAGGAAAAGGGCCAGCCUGGACACCCGGCAAGGAGGCCUUAGGACCAGGCAAGAUCUCUACAGCUCGCGCCACCUGGAAAGGCCCCGUGAACGCUGA